AUGGACUCUAAUGACUAUAAAAGCUUAGUACUGUACUAUGGAAGAAUGCGGUUUUAUAACUCAAUGCAGAAAACGGCAUUAGACGGAUUAACCAAGUUUCCCAUGCAAUCAGACUUUAGAUUGUUCAAUGGUAUUGCGCUUGCCUUGGGAAAUCGAAUGCAGGAGUGUAUCCGUGAAUUGAACCCAUUAAAAAAUGAAUUGGAAUUGGGCUUGGCAGCCAAAAUGGCACUUAUCUACGCUCACAAACAUUGCCACUUAAUAAAUGUGGAAGCAAUACAAGCACUUGAACGUCGAAUAGUUGACGAAAACAAAACCGUUAGCACUUCUUCAUGUUAUUAUACAGCUGCCUUCUUAUACUUAGUUGGCAAGUUUGAUGUGGCCUUAGAUUACAUCGGCAGGUCUAUGAAAAAUGAUGCCAUUUCUGAUGCAGCUCUUGUCCUGAAAAUUUGGUGCGAGCUAUCUUCGUGUAUGGAUCUCUCUACAAAUCGGAAAUUGCACAGCUUGCUCGAAGGGUGUAUUUCCCGAAGCAAUGGAAAGAGUAUUGAUGCAUCAUUAGCACUUGUGCGAUAUUUUCAAAAGCGACGACAAUUUGAAGAGGCCCUUUUAUUAAUCAAUAAGCUUAGCAUACGAGUUCCCGACACAAGUAUACUUCUUAUUGAGAAAAUGGAAACGCAUCUUGCUGCACUAGACUGGGAUAACUCGCUGGAAACUGCCAUUAAAGUGAUCAAUAUUGAGUCUUUUAAUGUGGCAGCUCUGCGCAAUAAGGGCAUGUUGAAUAUCGUGCGAGAAAGCAAUUUCAAAGCUGGGAUGGCUACACUUCAACAACUGCUAAUUUCUGUAGAGUAUGCUGAGCCCGGUAAUGUUAUACUUCUUGUUAAAAUAUGCCAACUAUUUUCUCGCAUCUGUUCAAGAAAUACUGAACUACUGGGAUUGACCCUGCGAUGUAUUGAAAAGGUCAAUGAAUUGAAUCCUGGUAAUGUGAACCUUUUAGCUGAAUUAGGCUAUCAGAAAUUAUUACUAGACAAUAUUUCCGAUGCAGAACGUGCAUUUCGUUUGGCCUGUAAUGUUGAUAGCAACAACUUUAAUGCGCUUUGUGGCCUAACGUUGUGUAAAUUGAAAUCUCCUACAGAUUUUGAGAGUAGGCAACAAAUACAACAACAGUUAUCCUACCUCAUGAAGCUUACUGACCUUAAACCUAAUCCAAUGGUUUUUUAUAUGUCCGCUUUGUUGGCUGAUCCCAAGGAGCAGAAGACGUCAUCAGUGAACUUGUUGGCAGAAGCGGCUGAGCUACAUUGUCAAAAAUUAAAUAAUCUUCCUUUUGGUUUUGAAUAUGUAUGCUCCAUGAAUCCUGAUUUUAUGCUUGAGAUAUGUAGGGAGCUGAUUCGACACACUCCAGCUCCAAUAAAAGAAUCACGCUAUGACUUGGAUUUGGGUCAGGAAUCAUUGCAUAUUACCCUCAAGCACAGUCUUAACAUAUUGGAAACCAUACUACAUAUAUGUCCCGGACAUAAAGAAGCCUUGUUUUUGCGAGCAAAGGUUGAAUUUCUUUGUGGUCAACAUUCCCAAGCCAUAAGCCGUUUGCAGGGCAUUCUUAAUUUAUUUGGAGAUACAUUCACUGAAGCUCAUAUAUUAUUGGCUCAAAUACUAGUGGAAAAAAGGAAGUACUUGAAAGCGUUGGAGUAUCUAGAACUGUCUUUAUCACAGGAAUUUACAGUCCGUGAACGGCCUAUGUACCAUUUGCUAAAGGGUAUAAUACUUAAGCAUCAACAGAAGCUAUCAGAAGCGUAUCAGAGUUUUCUGUUUGCGUUGCAAUUAUUUGGAGAAAUGUCAAAAGGUGUCCAGCAGAUUUAUAAUACGCAAACCGAUAAUAACAUAUAUAGUUCUCAUAAAAUGACUAUAUACAUAGAGUUAAUUUAUGUUCUUCGCGAGAUGGGUGAUGCACAUGGAAUUUACGAAAGCGAACGUAUUUUGCAGACUGCCCUUGAAGAAUUUAGCAGCACUACUGAAAGAGGCCGUUUAGUUAUUGCUCAAUCUCAACUUAUGCUUGAAAAAUGUAAUGUUAGCGAAGCUAUAAAUCUGCUGUCUACAAUCAAACCAGAUGAAUCGUUCUAUAUACAGGCUAGGACGCAUUUGGCUAAUAUUUAUCUGCAUCACCAAAAAAAUCGGAGUGCAUUCUCGAAGUGCUUUAAGGAAUUAGUUGAAGUUCGACCGGAAUCCAGAAGUUAUUUUAUGUUAGGGGAGGCGCAUCUGUCAAUCCAAGAGACAGACAUGGCAAUAGAAGUAUUCCGAAAAGCCUGCAGUAUUUUUCCAUCUAAUGCAUUCCUGGCUAGAGAACUUGGCAGGUCCUACGUCAAAAGUCAUCAGUAUGCCAAUGCUCUAAAGUACUACCAUGCAGUAAUAAAAAAUCCUGGGUGUUCUGCUUUAAAAUUGGAUUUGGCAGAGUUAUUGUUGCAACUAAAACAAUUUCAAAACGGAGCAAAUUUACUAGUUGGUGGCGAUUGUUGCAGCAUAAAUGAGGACAGUCUUACAGAACUGCAAUUAAAAAUAAAGAUGCUGUUGCUACUGGCUCGCAUUCAUGAAAAGUCUGGGAAUAUUCCGGAAUCGCUUAAAAUAUUACAAGACGCACGAGAUAAUCAAUAUCGAUUGCAUAAGCUUUGUGCUAUUGGCAAUUUAGAAAACCUUCACGAGCAGUCAAAAAUGUUGUCAAAGUAAGUAUGAAUAUACACUGUACAAAAUAUGAUAAAUAAACAAGUAACAGGUCCCUCUUCUUCCAACAGGCGAUUGGUGACUCUAGCUCAUAUUAUUUACCAAAAUUACUCAAAAAACAGGAUUUCGAUAUCGAUUUUUAUCGAUUACUUGGAGACGGG